GGCAGGCACUUUGAGAAAAUAUUGCAAGAUACAAUCAUAGAUGUAUUUGAAUCCGAGGAUGAAGAUGUCCGUGGAGUCUGACGCAUGAUGGUUCCUUACUGAGCCCCAGUCACUGGGCCAUAUAAGGAGUCAUAAAAGCUAUGCAUAGCACUGUCCGCAGCGCCAAUGAAGCUUUGAAGUAGCAACCAGGGUCACGAACAUAUGCAGUCACCAAUCACAAGGCGCUCCGGUUUCCGUUUUUGUCCUAUUUUGAAUUUUGCGUGUUAUAUCGAUUCAACAGCGCCCGUUCAAGAUGAUCACAGAUGUUCAGAAUUGGUUCUGGACCUUUCUGACUCGCAGGCGAGUCUAGGCAUAACAUUUUGAUCUUUGAGAUGUCUUAUGUUUCAGAGGUUGCGGAUUUGCAGAUAUCCAAGUACACCAAUAUUGGUAGUCUUGCAAUUCUCGUAUUUGAUUACUGCAUCACGUUUCAGGAUGAGGUACACUGGACCUGGUCCAGGCCAUGGGGUUUAAUUCGUGUCGUCUUCACCAUUUCUCGAUAUCUCCCUUUCGUUGGCUCUGGAUUGACUGCAUAUGCUGCACUGCGUGUCAGUGGUCCAUGCCCCCCUAGUUUGGCGGAAAAUGUUAUUCAUAUUUUAAGUAUCGUUGCUGCGGAAGGCCUGCUAGUUAUUCGGACCUGGGCAUUCUGGCAAAAGAGCAAAAAAAUGCUGAUUGGAUUAUUGAUUUAUAGCACCGCCACAGUAAUUGGCGCCGUUGCUAUGAAUGUCCUUCCUAAUCACCAGUUGAUUUCAACAGAUGUAUCUAUGAUACCCGGGCCAUGCGGCUUUGAGUCGUCAAGAAACUCUGCACUGGUAUAUGCUAUAUUGGCACUUUUCGAAUGUGUGAUACUGGCCCUUACUGCGUAUAAGUGGUUCCACGAUUACCGAGACUCAGAAAUUCAGAGCUCGAUCGUAACCACCGUCUACGGCGGUAGCAUGCUUUAUAUGUUGUGUAUCAUCGCCAUCACAGUGACCAAUGUGGUUGUCGACGCAGCAUUUCCGGUUGGCUUCACAAAUCUGUUUGAUACGCUACAACUUGUCAUCCAUAGCGUCCUAGCCUCGCGGAUUCUAUUCCACCUUCGGAGCAGCGACAGUCGUGCCCAUGAGACAGAUAUACCAUUGAUGGUUUCGGCUCCCCGCUACGGACGACCUUCGCAAAUGCAGACGAACGAGAUCAAAGAUGAAACUAAUGAAUUUUGAGGCGACUCGGAGCUUAGCAGUUUGUGCUUGGAAUUGGACACGAUUGUGUUGAGUAGCCCUCUUUGAUUGCAGGAGCCAGCCCAUGAACAGGCUCUAAACAUUAUUCAUGUACAGCUUGGUAAGCUUCAAGUUCAUUCACCUCAGCUUGCUUGGCCGUCGCAGGCCGCUAGCUCUGCUUCAACGUUUCCGAUCGUCAUCAAGUCAUUUACGUCAUAGUUUUGCGAUCUUGUUUCGAUCACUCACUUGCUCCAAAUGUGCGUCCAAGCGUGCGCA